CUCAGUGAGCACGGACCUACGACGCACCGACAGCAGCGCGAGCGCGGAGCGAGCUGUCUGUCCCCAGCGCGCGACGUCUCACAUGAAUCGGGCGUGUGAGUCCACUUGAUGUCGGCGCCCUCAGGUGUGGGGGGGGGUUUGCGCCAUCAAAACCCAAUAGCGACAGUUGAGACCUCCAACCAGAACCCAACGUCUCUGAUUCCCCCCCUCAAUUACAGGAAGGGACCCACUGCCAGUAUGGAGGGUGUAGCAGUGGACAACCUAAUAGACUUUGACCUGCCCUCCGAGGCCUCAGCUCUUGGCGUAGAUGGAGGCAAACACCACGGACGCACCGACCUUUUCUCCCCAGAGGAGGCGCCGCCCUCCACGGGAAUCCAUCGGCAGCCUUUGCUGCCAGAGCCCAUGGUGCCAACCGAGCCCGGCUCCUCCCACCGCCAAUGCCACCAAGACGGAGACAACGACAGUGACGCCACAGAGUCGGCAGACAGCGAGAACGACAUGGACCCGCCAUCUCACGCGUGGGAGCUGAGGAGGUCGUCGUCGUCGUCCGCUCACAGCGGGGAGGGCGGCGAGUCGGCGGAGAGGAAGCAGUUCAUGAAGGCUUACGUGGAGAAGGUGUUUCAUGGAAGGGAGGACUUUGGCCAGGAAGAGAAGGCUCGUUUUGGAGAGCUGUGCAGCGGAGAGAACGGAAAAGGCCGAGAGGGGUUCGCCAAACACGUCAGCGCUCAGCGCUGCCACUCCAAGUGUGUGAGUGAAGCCACCUUCUACAGACUGGUGCAGUCCUUUGCAGUGGUUCUGUUCGAAUGUUACCAGAUGGACGACUACAGCCCGGCCAAGAACCUCAUGACCAUGUGCUUCACGUACUACUACAGCGGGAGGUCCCAGCCGUCUCCCUCCGAGCUGCUGGAUCGCGGCGGUCCUCCAGCUGGUCUGGACUCCUACAUCAACAAGGCCAACUCCUGGCUGUCCGUCAGGAAGGACGCCGCAGAGCGCCUCCUCAAGACCACGUCCAAGACUGACGUCAAGGGCUUCUUCGGAGGCCUGGAGAGCAAGCUGAGGGGCUCUGUGGCUCCCAGCGGCGACGGAGAAAGCCCCUUGGACACAAAGCCCAAGUCAGCGGAGGCUCCAAAGGAAAAGAAAGGAGAGAAGGUGUACCUGUACACCCACCUGAAGCAGCAGCCCAUCUGGCACACGCUCAGAUUUUGGAACGCUGCAUUUUUCGAUGCCGUUCACUGCGAGAGGAAGAAGAGGUCGCCGACCACGAGGGAGAAGUGGUGUCACAUGACCAAGGAGGAGAGGGACGACAGCUCCAAGAUGGAUGAGAACAUCGCCUUCGGCCAGCUGGGGACGUUCACUCAUAACAUGCUGGCCUUUGGGCUCAGCAAGAAGCUCUGCAAUGACUUCCUGAAGAAGCAGGCAGUCAUUGGGAACCUGCAUGAAGAACAGUACAAGCUGCUGAGUGACCACAUAGAGAAGAUGGCGGCGGAGUGAGUUUGAAGGACUGUCAGCGCACACACACACACACACACACACACACACAUCAGCCAUUCCUUUGACUCAACGCCUCCGCGACCCAUUCUCCAUUUGACUGUUGUUGCACUGCUGAGAAGAAGAAAGAGACCCCCAACCGACUGAACUGUGCCAUAGUUGUAGCAAACCCCUGGGACAAAGACUCGAGGCAGAAAGUGAAACCUUCCAGUAUGAAACCGCCUCAGUUGGGUGUCACACGAUACACAAAUGUGUACGUCAAAUAUCCUGGCUGCUGUUUUGUUCGGCGUUCCCUUGGCAACCCCGUUUGUUACUUGUUGGUGAAGCCCGUCUAACAGCGUCUGGUGGCACACUGUGCUAAGUACAUGUGAGAUAGAUGUCUGCCUACAGUUCUCGGACAUGAUGAUGACAUUAGUGUGAUGUUCAAUACUCGUCUGCUUUCUGGAACACUGUGGUAUCUUAUGUGGUAAUACAAAAAUAACAUAAGUAACGUAUAACGAUAUCGCUGGCAUUUAAACAAGCAGAAACAAAAUCCAGACUUCUCUUAUAUUACUUAGCUUAGUACCUCCUCAACUCGUGAGCUUCAGAGGUUGCGUGGAGGCACGGAUGGAUGAGGGAACGGGCAUACCGUACACGGGGCCAGGAACAAUGUCAAUCAAAGACCAGAUAGAGACUCAAAAUGUUCACAAACGGACAAUAAAAGGUCUACAAAGAAACCAAAUGUCUACAAAGAGACAGAAAAAGACUGAUGGUAGCUAUGAAAGUGGUCAAACAACCACAUAGCCGUUGAUGAGUCAGGGGUCCUUUGGCUCCGAAUCCACCCUUUGGUGUGUCAGAGGUCAGGGGUCCUUUGGCUCCGAAUCCACCCUUGCUGGCAGGUGGGUGGUCUACCUCUGGACGGGCUUUCUUCUGUUUCCAGUCUUCUUUGCUAAUACUGGUACCUUUCUCCUUGUACCUUUCUCCUUGUACCUUUCUCCUUGUACCUUUCUCCUUGUACCUUUCUCUUUGUACCUUUCUCCUUGUACCUUUCUCCUUGUACCUUUCUCUUUGUACCUUUCUCCUUGUACCUUUCUCCUUGUACCUUUCUCCUUGUACCUUUCUCCUUGUACCUUUCUCCUUGUACCUUUCUCCUUGUACCUUUCUCCUUGUACCUUUCUCCUUGUACCUUUCUCUUUGUACCUUUCUCCUUGUACCUUUCUCUUUGUACCUUUCUCCUUGUACCUUUCUCUUUGUACCUUUCUCCUUGUACCUUUCUCUUUGUACCUUUCUCCUUGUACCUUUCUCUUUGUACCUUUUUCCUGGUACCUUUCUUCUUGUACCUGUCUCCUGGUACCUUUCUUCUCGUUCUCUCAACAGGAAUAGAAAGCAUAAAAAGUCUUCCUUCUGAUUUCUCCCUCGUACCUAUUUCAAUCACGUUUACUCUGGCACACAUUUACAAUCCGGUGUUCAUUUCCUGUUUUUUAAUCAGACAUGUAAUAAUACCCUCUGGAACAUUAGAGACUACUUAUCUUAUCCAAAGUGCCUUUCGUGAAAGUUAAUGUUUGGAUCCUCUGAUGCUGUAACUCUCUAUUGGCCGACCAAACACUCCCGCAGAGCCUGCAACGAUCACUCUCUUCCUCAUUUCCCUGCUAGAUACACACACACAAAACAUAACUUGUAUUGCUUCCUGUGGUUUCAGUGGUAGUUUAUUUCCCAUAAUGCCAGACGCUUAGCUAAGCAUGUUGCCGGUGCGACAGGCACACUAGCUCCUAUACUGGCUGCAUUUGUUUCUAUCAUCUAAUAUCCAAUAAGUGACUGAACUGUGAAGUGACAUUUGCCAAUUGUAUUACUUCAUCCGACCACAGGGGGGUAGUGUUGCGUCUUCAUUCGCUGCACUUCUCAUUGAACAUGAUGAUGACGCUGCUUCUGGCAGGUUUAAUCCCAUUUCAGAUUGAUAAUCUAUUUGAACCUCUUGUGCUGAUGACGUCGUUCUGUAAAUACUGUACAUAUCCCUCCGUAUGUUGUAAGAAUUGACCGCGUGCUGCCGCUUGUGAAUUUUACAUCUGUAAUUGUGAAUGUAUGAGCGAUAGAUGUAGCAUUGACCGUCAUGAGGAACAUAAAUGUCUGACUGUCGCUAUUAACCCCAAGUGACUUGUGGUUCUCUCGGGUGGUCCUUUGAAACCACACGCCCUUCAUUCCCUUCCGUUAUGUUUUUCCCGAUGUGACCUUUGACCUCGUUUCCACUGUAACACGUUUUGUGAACCCUCCUGGCUCGGUGAAGUCAUUGACCUUUUUUUAUAUUGUACCUGUUCGCUCAGCAUGAGCCAUUUGCACUACAUUUAGUCUCAGCGUCUCUACACUCUAAUCUUCUGAAGGAUGUUACAGUGAUGCCUUUUUAUAUUUGCUCUCUCUCUCUCUCUCUCUCUCAGAGCAUAUGACCAUUGUCUCGUAGCCCGAAUGAAAAGACAAUUUUAACCUUAUUGUCCCAAUUCAAGCGAGUGGAAUUUGUUAUUAAAAUCAGUAGUUAUGGGAUUGCCCAUUGAUGACAAUGUGGUCUCUGUGUGUCCUCCCAUUGGCUGUUUAGCGUUGGGCUUCCACACUCACAUUUCAGCGGUUCGUGUGGCUUUUUAUUGGUCUUUGUUACAUUACGACUGAUGUGACUGAAACAAACGUCCGACACAGAACCGCCAUUGACUGAAAACGAAGUGAGAUAAGGUCCCCGUGGUGUUGGAGAUAUCGGCAGUAGAGAUGGGGACUAUGAGUAUUUCCCCUAGCGCCAACAAUGUCAUUGACUGCUGAGGCCUGCUCAACGCACCUGUGAACAUGUUAGCCAUUGUAUUGUACUAUGCUCAUUGCCUGGACAUGUCGUCAUAAUGUUAAUUCAAGUUGCUGAAACUGUAAUAAAUGUAUUUUUUUCGAUGUCA